GUUUACUUACAAAUGUGAAAUUCAGUAGAAUGCCUGGAACAGUCAAAGUGCGGGUUAUAUCAGCAAGAAAUUUACCAGUUAUGGACAGAGCAACAUUUCUUACAGAUGCUUUUGUUGAAUUGUGUAUCGGAAGCAUAACUUACAAAACAGAAGUAGUCCGUCGAUCUCUUAAUCCUUCAUGGAAUAGUGAAUGGUUCUGUUUCGAGUUAGAUGACCAGGCUCUACAAGACGAGGCGUUACUACUUAAAGUUAUGGAUCAUGACACUUAUAGCGCACAUGAUACCAUCGGGAGAGUUUACUUUGAUUUAAAUCCCUUACUGAGUCGUGGCCAAACCAGGUGUUUAAAUGGUUGGUUUCCAAUCUAUGACACUAUGCAUGGAAUUCGUGGGGAAAUCUGUUUGGCUAUUCGAGUAGAUGUAUUUCUUGACGCUAGUCGCUAUCACCAAUCUUCCCUUGGAGUACGCUUCUAUCACUGUUGUACUAUUCCACAAGGUUUUGUAAUAGAUUCUCUUAUUGGUUUUAUUCAAGAACUUGUUAUGAAUGAUGAUCCAGAACAUCAAUGGAUUGAGAAAAUACGCACAUCAAGAGCAUCAAAUGAAGCUAGACAACGUUUAUUUAGUCGUCUUAGUGGAGAGUUGCAACGAAAAAUGGGUUUAAAAGUCCUAAACCUGGGUGGAAAUUCUUUAAUUGGAUACCAACUUCAUUUUGACCUAGAGGGUGAAACAGGCGUAGUUGUUCGUGGAAUCGGAACAGCUGUUCGUUUAAAGAAGUAUAAUCCAGUAACAACUCCUCCAAAUACCCCAACAGGAAUUUCAAAAAAUAGUUCACACAACUGGGAAUCUCCUAAUGCAUCAUACAAGGAAAGUGGUGUACAUAACCUUCAAUCACAUGUCCCUCAAGCUUUAGAACUUGGCGAAUUUCCAUUCCUAACAAUAUCUCAACCAUUACCGGGUAUGAUAUUACAUUUUGGUAGUUUAGUUGCAUCGAAAUCUGUACGAUUGUUGGAUAAAAAUUCUCCAGCUGGAAUACAAUUUCGAGAUGCAUGGUGGCUUGAAUUACGUACUGAAAUAGUUACACAUAUGCGUAGUAUUGGAUGUGAUGCUGUUCUAGCAUAUCGUGAAGAAUGUACAAUCUAUGAAGAUGUUUGUAUACUUCAAAGUUAUGGUACAGCUGUACAAAUCAAUCCUAAAUGGAUUAAUGAUUUAUCAUACAAAAUUACAACUACAAAUUCUCUUGGUCAUAUUUCUGUAACUUUGGCAAAAGCUAGUGAAAAAAUUUGUGAAUCUAUGUCAUCAUCUAACUAUUUCACAACCAUUGAUCAAUGUACUACAAAAACGUCUUGUACUCGUAGUUGUUCUCCUGAAUUCACUACCGCUAAACAUUCUCUUUCUAUGUCAUCAUCAGAAACAACUCCUGUCCCUUCGCCUACGUCUUCAUAUAACAAAGAAUCUUAUAAAGAAACAACACCUGAUAAAUAUCUUUCACAUAAAAAAAUAUUUCAUGAUAUCAACAACUCAGUCAAACCUAAUUGUCACAUAUGUCAUCUGCCAUCAACAUCCGAUGCAAAUCCUAAUCGAUUUACUUCUCCUGUUACGUCGUCACGAUGUGCUAUAUGUAAAGCCGCUAAUGUUCCGGAUUUAUUAUUCUCUUCAUCAGACUUUCCUCCAGAACUAGUAAUCAUUGGUAAUCCAGCCGUAGUACAAGCACGAGUUUGUCGAACGAAGAAAGAUACUAAAGGUGAAGUGGCAGCAAGUGAAUUAAGUGAGAUUCUCCCUUUCAUUGAUUAUGAACUACAUUAUCGUUUAAUGCAGAAAUUGAGGUUACGUAAUAUGAAUGGUUUGUUUGGAUUGAGAUAUCGUAUAGCUAUUGGAGAAUAUAUGAUUGCUGCUAUCGCUACUGGUACUGGUGUAUACAUUGGUGCUUUACCGUCACCUCCACCGCCUAGAAUUAUUCCAUCUUUACAGACCUCAGCAAUCCCUGAAGAUCGAUGUGGUUAUGAAAGAUUAAAAAGGCGAAUUGAUGACCAUCUGAAAACGAAUCGUCAAUUGUAUCGAAUCCCAGAUACUGUUUAUCAAAGUAAUUUAAUAAAACAUGAUAAAUUUGAAAUAGAUACAAUUAAUGACAAACAUUAUACUAUUGAAAAUUGUACAAAUCAUCUUAAAUUAAUUGAAAAUGAAUUCAAUCAACUAGAUAUUAAUAGUAAUAUAACAAUGAAUAAUUUUAAAGAUUAUAAUAAAUUCAAACAAUCAACAUUAUUAACAUCGGAUUUAAUUCAUUCACAUAAUACUGAUGAUACAUUAUUCCUUGAAACUAGAGAACCGGAAAUUGAAGAAUUAGCUGUUCUAUUACAAGAUCCUUUUCAACCACAAGAAUGCUGUUGCUGAUGGUAUCCGGACAAUGAAUGUUGAGUACCUUGUGUUGACAACUGUUUAUAAAUACUUGCACCUUCUUGAUGACGAUUGUAGUAGUUCUCCAAGUUUCAGCUCCGUACAGUAGAACUGCCUUGACGUUCGUAUUGAAGAUUCUGACUUUGAUAUUGGUUGACAGCUGUUUUGAGCUGUUCUCCAGUUGUAGGAAUGCCGUCCUUGACUUCACAUCUUCAUCGGACCCUCCCUGUUCAUCCAUGAUGCUGCCCAAGGUAAGUGAAAUUUGCCAUACUUUCUCUAUUAAGUGUGAUUAGGUUGUUGUUCUCUGUGUUGUAUUUCAGGGCCUUAGUUUUUCCCUUGUGUAUAUUAAAUCCUACUGCUUCAGAAGUUGUUGCAACAUUGACUGUCUUCACCUACAUUUACUGCUGUGGAUGAGAUCGAAGGGUUACGUUAUCUGUGACGUUCAAAUCAUUUAGGUGCAUCUAAGCGCUCCAUUGUACUCCGUGCUUCUCCUGAAACAUGGUGGUAUUGAUAAUCCAGUUAACCAUCAGAAGAAAGAGAAAGGGCAAGAGUAAACAGUUGUUGUUGAGUUGUUUUGAGUUCAAUGUAUUCUUCAAUUGUAGGGAUGCGGACCUUUGCCAAUCCUCGCCUUUAUGUCUGCAUCUGAACCUCCUUGUUCAUCGAUUAUGCUUCACAGGUAUGUGAAGGAUUCUGCAUCUUCCAGAGUUUCAACAUCAAGAGUGAUUAGAUUGCUGUUCUCCGUUUUGAAUUUGAGGACCUUGGUUUUCCCCUUGUGUAUGUUGACGCCUAUUGAUGCACAGACUGCUGCUACACUGGCUGUCUUUAUCUGCAUUUGUUCGUGUGUAUGGAAUAGGAGGGCCAGGUCACCUGCGAAGUCCAAAUCGUCUAAUUGAUUCUGAGCUUUCCAUUGUAUGCCGAGUUUUACCUCAGAUGUCGAGGUCCUCAUAAUCCAGUCGACCAUCAGAAGAAAGAGGAAGGGAGAGAGUAAACAACCUUGUCUGACUCCGGUCUUUACUUGGAAUGCAUCUAUCAUCUGUCCUCCAUACACUACUUUGCACUGUAGUCCGUCGUAUGAGUUUCGGAUAAUGUUGACAGUCUUCUGAGGAACUCCAUAGUGUCGAAAAAGUUUCCAUAAUGUUCUCCUGUCCACAUUGUCAAACGCCUUUUCAAAAUCAAUGAAGUUGAUGUAUGGUGAUGAGUUCCACUCAACUGAUUGUUCGACGAUGAUCCGUAGUGUCGCAAUUUGGUCUGUGCACGAUCGAUCUUUAUGGUAUCCAGCUUUUUUAUUUCGAUGUUGGGCGUCUACUGCGUCUUUCAUCCGGUUCAGCAACACUCUGUUAAAGACUUUCCCUGGUGCUGACAGUAGUGUGUUGCCUCUGUAGUUUUCACAUUUGCUCAGAUCUUUCUUUGGAAUCUUGAUGAGGUGUCCUUUUUUCCAGUCCAUCGUCACUCGUUCCUCCUCUCAAAUCUUUUUGAAUAGAAGGUGAAGCAUGCUUGUAGUUACUCCAAUGUUUGAUUUCAGUGCUUCAGCUGGUAUAUUGUUGGGUCCUGCUGCUUUCCCACUCUUGACUUGUCUGAUGGCUAUACUGAUUUCUUCCUUCUUUGGUGGAUUGACAUCUAUGGGAAGAUCUGUGUGUGCUGCUUCGAUGUCCGGUGGAUUUAUUGGAGCCGUACUAUUCAAGAGUUCCUCGAAGUUGAAUAAUUAGUUUUAAAAUACAAUAUAUCCGUGUUUGUGAAUUAAAUUUCCAAUUUUUUCCCAGCAUAGAACACUGUGUUGAGUUUGAUAUCAACUUUUAGCCUUGAAAACUAAGACAUUCACAUAGUUUGAAAAGUUAAGGGAGUAGAUUUACAUAGGUCUAAGAAAAACGUCAAUUAUGUAUCAGCACACGAACCUAAAGAGUAAGGCGAUGUAAAAUUAACUGAUAAUUAUCUGUGUUGUUCAUAUUGAUAAUCCCUUCACCUUAGACACUCACAUUUUGUCUUAUUGGUUACGGAAAUAAGAGAUAAUAAUCUUUUUAAUUUACCUGAAAAAUAAACUGAUGUAAUGGAUUUACCUUCAGUUAAAUCAAUAAUGUAACUCAGUCAUAGUAACCAACUUGGAAUUUAUAUGACGGGUAGUGACGUGCUACCUGGCUGUCUAAACCUAAGUAUAGAUGACAGAGUUCUUAAUUGGUGAGAACAUGUUGUUUGAUUGCCUAAUUUUAGUCAAGGUUUCGUCGUGAAGGAAUAAUAUCUAACAAAUCAAUUAUUAUAUUAUAGUUGAGUGAAUUUUGUAGAGAUUGGUUUAAUUUAUAGGUUAUAUUCGUCGCAGAUUGUUUUCAAUUGGAGCGCUGAACAACUGUUUCCUCAUAGUACGGAACUCUUCUGAAGUGUCCAUUCACGACUUUACAGGAAACCGAACACAUAACUCAUGGGACCGCCUGGAUUGGCUUCCAACAUUACAUUUUCAUUCCUAUUCAUUUUACUAGUAUAGAGAGAUGAUCAUCCAAUACUAUUUGAUUGUUGACACAUACUUCUGAGAAGUUCCAUACUGGAACAAAACAACUAUCCAGUUAUUCCUCAGAUUUCAAUUGUACCUCAAAUGAGAUCAGUCUGUAAAGAAUUGGAUUCCAUUUUCGGUUUUAAUCUCUCGUUUCAAAAUAACUAACCUUUCCCUUUUUUUAUAGGUUUAAUUCUUACAACUACAGAAUCUAUACCAAUAUCCAAUGACAACUCAAUAUUAAAUGAUUCUAAAAUGUUUAUUCAUUCAUCUAUACCCGUUUCAAUUAAUUCUAAUGAAUUGUUUAAUUGGAACUAUCAAUCAAAUAGUUUUAUACGUGUACAUGAAACUGAAUUAACUGUACCGGAUUCAUUUUUUGAAACAUCUAUUUACUCGACCAAUUAUAAUAAUACUCCUGUUUUUACAUCAUCAUGUUAUAAGGAAUCAAAUUUAUUGAAUUCAACAAUUGCUACAUCGAUAUCUCCAAUAACAACUGUAAGUUCAUCGAUGAAAUCACAUUCUUCUACACAGAAUUAUCAGAAUUUAACUCAUUCAAAUUCUGGAAUACAUUUGAAUUUUCCACAAACAACUACAAUACGUAAUAAUAAUAAUAAUAGUAAUCAUUAUGAUUAUUAUUAUUCAACUUGUUUAACAAAUAAUGAACAAAUGACAACAACUACACUAACAUCAAGUACAAGUACUUUCACAUCAUCUCCAUCGUCUUCACCUAGUUCCAAUAGUUUAUCUAUUCAUAAUAAUAAUAAUUAUAAUCAGAAUAUUGUGAAAACUAAACAACAUAAUACUUUGCAUUGUAUAAAUGGAAAUAGUUUAGGUAAAGCAUUACGUGAAUUUAAUCAGUUAACUUGGUUCCGAUUUCGUCAUUAUAUACCAUGUAUAUUAAAUGCUUUGGAUUAUCGUCUAUCAUUUACAGAUGAUGAACAUAUACAAAUAAUAGCUACUGGUAUGAUACUUCAUCCAACUAAUUCAUCAAUAACGAGAAGUAACGAAGAACAGUAUACAAUGUUCAAUGCCCAGUCCACAAAGAAUCCUCCCAUGACCAAUGAUAGUUUUUCCUCAGCAAGCAACAAUCACAAUUCAAAUUCAGUUAGUAAUUUUGACGUUGAUGAUGAUGACAACACAAAUGAACGAAAAGCAUCAAUAAAAAAUCGUCCGAAAUUCCAUUUACGUAAACCUACAUUAUUAUCUAAAUUGAAAAGUGAUUUAAAAUCAAGAAGCCUCAGCAAAAGGACUACUGAUGGAAUGAUGAUAAAUAAUGACGAUAUCCCAACUGAACAAAAACAAUGUAAACAACAAUUCAUCGAUAAACAACAUACAUCCGGUUGUAUACUUACACCAUUGUCAUCAAUACCGAAUACAUAUGUUGAAGCUUAUCUUGGUAAUUUGGAUUUCUUUUUUGUUAGAGAAACGACUGAUCUAAGAGAAGUUGGUGGUAUAUCGGGUUUUUUGCAUACAAGUUUAGCUGAAGUACAAGCUGUUGUUGGAGCACAUACAACUAGCCUAGGUGGAAAUGCAUUAUUAUCAUAUCACUUAAGUGAAGUUAUUGUUCUUCGACCAACUUCAAGAAAUCAAGCCCAAUGUUUGUUAAAUGUUUGCGGAGAUAUGGCUAGAUUAAGUUGGGAAGAAAUAACAACGAAAAUUUCUAAAAUCUAAAAAAAAAAACUAUUUCAGUUGUCAAUUUAAAACUUCAUAUUUGCACAGUUACUGAAAUUUUCAACAAUUCAAUUGUGAAUUCGAUCGGAUUUACUUUGAUUUUAUUUAAUCUGCAUAAUAAAUAAAUAUGUAUAUAUUUCCUUACUAUCUUUUUGAACUCAUCAGUUUAAGCUCAUUACCACUGGUGUAUUGUAUUACAACUCUGUACUAUUAUAGUGAAGGAGAACACAGGUGAGGAUAACGGGAUCGUACUUAACGUAAAAUUACAGAGUUACUUGGUAAAAUAGAAAAACCAUAUAGUAAAUCGUUAAUUUGCAAAAUACCAAUCCAUCAUAUCAACCUGGACUGUUCUUGUUGCAAACAUCAAUCAAUUGUUUCACAUCUCAUUUUUCAUGCGUUUUCUUACAAAUUGCAUUGUGUUGUCGCUCUUCCUUUCUUGAUUUUUCCCCAUUUUCUGCUGCCAGACAUUGCAUUUUUAACUUGCGUCAUAUACUACUUACAUCGAUAUAAGUAGCACGCACCACACUGUUACUAUUAUGUGACCUACUUAAUCGAUGAUCAAACAUCUUUAAUAGGAUAUCAUUGGGAAUAAAGUAAGAUAUAUAUGUUUUCAAAAUAUAAAACAUUAGCAAACGAACGUAAUUUUGAUGUUUACCAAAGGCAUAAUUCUUAUCUUUCAUUUUUGUGAUAUCGAAAAUUACUUAUCUCAGAUUUCUUUCUAUAAUACAAAUUUUGAUGUAAUCGACUAAUUAUUGGUAAUCAUGUACAAAAUAUAUUGUUGGAUUGUUAAAGUCUAAACUGAAUAAGACUUCAGUUCAGUUGUUACAUGAAUAUGAUUAGUAAUAAAGCCGAAAACACUUCAGUAGGUGUGUUAAUAAGUGAAAUAAUGAAAACUUUUUCUCAUACCCUUUCAUAUUGUUUAGACAAAUUUACGAAUACUAUCAAAAUUGUUUAUUCGUUUUAAAGUAGGCAAAAAUGAUAAAUAUACAUAUAUAAUCUGUAUAAUGAUCAGUUCAGUACUUGAAUUACCUUUGUUCACAUCAUACAAAUUGAUGAAAAUGACAGUUUUUCUUUGUUUAUAAAAGGGAUUACAGUCAAAUAAAUUGAUCAAAAACUAAAUCCAACUUUCAUACGAAAAUUUAAAUAAAAACGUUUGCUAUUAACUACGGAGAUCAAGUCAAGACACUUACCUGCAGUCAGAUCAAAUCAGAAUCAGAUAAUAGGGACAAAAUAAAACCUUAGUAUGGUAUUUUAAUUCGAUUGAUCUAUCCUAGAUAAAACUAAUUGAUAUUUGCUUUGAAUCUGAGUUUAUAAAAAUGUUAUCAAAAGGGAUUUUGUGGCGAUUUUAGAAAUUUCAAUAGUUGAAAUCGUGAGCACUGAACGGCUAUCUCGUCCUAGUAUGGGACUCCUCAGCAGUGCGCGUCCACGAUCCUGCCCCCGCGAGAUUCGAACCCAAGACCUAUCAGUCUCGCGCGAGCGUGGGUGCGCAUUGCUUAGGAGUCUCAUUUUAGGACGAAACGGCCAUCCAGUGUUUCCAGGUUUUCCAUGAUGAUCUAGCUUCAAUUGACUCAUGAUUUCAACUAUUGAAAUUUAUAAAAAUGAUCAGUAUAUGUCAACCAACGCUUAAGUUUCAUUAUUAGUUCAUUCCGCAUUUUUAUUUUAAAAAAAUCAACGUGACUAAGUGUUUGUCACAAAGACUGUUGUGGGUAUUAGGAUGGAAAUACCUCGAAAUUUUUAUCAAAAUGUUCUGUCAUAUAAUGAACACUGAACUUACAAACCACCAGUGAUCAGAAACUGUACGCUGACAAUUCUUCGAACACAACAGUACAUCAUAAUCACUACCCAUGCUAAAUUAAACAUGAUUCACCCUGGGUUACUCAGUGCUCCCCAACACAAAAACUUACGUAUGUUACUUUCCAGUAAUAAUACAUUUAAGUGUACAGAAUACCAGAUAUAACCUUAGUUUCGAUCAGAAAAUCCCACUAUUUUUCUUCCCAAUUUAAUAUCCAUAUUUUCUUCCUACCUCCGGGUUUAUCAUCAUAACCUCUUAGCAGUAGUAGCUCAGCUAACAUGUCUGCGUUACUAUAAAGAGAUACUGUACAAAUUAUAAUUAAAUAUAUAACUAGAGCACUGUGAAAAAAUGCACUUAUAUUUGAGUCAGGCGCAAAUAUAAUACUUAAACAGUUUUGAUAAUCUACUCGAAUAAGUGCAUUCAAAAUCAAUCUACAACAUUAUGAAGAUGUAACUGUGUUUAACUAUAUUAAUCCCACCAUAGAUUGAACUGUAAAUAAGUGAUAUGAAUCAAAAUAUCGAAAAUAAUCUAUCUUUAUAAUUAUCGUAACGUCACAUAUAGAGAGAAACAAGAUUAGAAAUAUCAACAAAAUUCGACUGAAUACAAUGACAUAGUACUAUUUAUAAAAGUAUAAUUGGGUUAAUAUUCGAACCAAAAACUAAUAGUUAAUAUCAAUGGUUUAAGUCACU